AUGGGGAGUUCAUGCUCUAAUACAUAUGCUAAUGCCGUUAUGUUGACAUGGGAGACACAGCAUGUAUUUAAUGGACCAUAUCGUGAACUUGUACUAUUUUAUAGGAGGUUUGUCGAUGAUCUUUUUAUUUUGUGGGGAGGCACAGCCUCGGAUUUGUUAUGCUUUGUUGACUAUAUUAAUAACACAACACAAUUUUUGAAAUUUACCCUGAAUUAUUCUGAAGAGAGAAUCAGUUUUUUGGAUGUAUUUUUAGAAAAAGAGAGUUCAGGUACAAUUAGCACUAGACUUUUUAGGAAGGAAUGUCAUGUAAAUACUCUGCUGUCAAGGGAAAGUAUGCAUCCCAGAUACGUAUUUAGAAAUGUUGCUCAAAAUGAAAUUUUCAGAGCAUUUAGAUUAAGUGCGAGGCAAGAUGAAUUUGAAAAGCAACUCAUUAAAACUGGUCAUGAUUUGGAAGAGAGAGGGUAUGAGAAAAAUAUUAUAGAAGAUGGUUCUAGGAAAGUUAAACAACUGAGGGGGACAAGAGCCAAACCAUACUUUUCAGAUAAGUAUUGUAGGGAAGUAACAAAACUUGAAAAGCCUGACAUUCAUGUUAUAACUGAGGGUUCUGUUUCCACUGGCCUUAAAGUGAGGAUCGAGUGCAGCAGCAGCAGCUACAAACUCACAAGUUGUUCAUUCUACAAAAAUGAAUACAAACUUUAUCUGCCUAACUCCAGUACUCAGUAUGUCAUUGAGGGAGCUACAGUAUGGGAUGAAGGGUUAUAUAUGUGUGACUGCAACACUCAGGCUAACAUGUAUACAGAAACAAGUUUCCGUGCUCCCUUAAUCAUAAGUGAAAUUCAAGUGGAGGAGCCAGACAUACAGAUUGAAGAAAAAGGGAAUAAAAUCAUUUGUACCAGCAGAAAUAGUUACUAUGAAUACCGAAUGUGCAUUCUGUAUCAAAAUGAUGAGCAUGUACAGGAUACUGGUGAUCAAUACAAUACUAGGCCUACUCAGGAGGUUUCCUUUACUGUUCCUAAUCUUCCUGAUGAGACUUUGUUCAAAUGUUUGUGUUAUACGAGUGGACGAAUGUGGACGCGAAACAGCUCUGCUAUAACUAAAGGAAUGAAAUAUCCUGACUAUACAGUUAUAAACAUCAUCAAGCUCAGUCUUGGCCUUGUUAUUGUGUUCUGGAUGGUUAUUUUAGUCGCAGAAUCAAGAUGCCAAAACAUGUCAAAUCAGAGAUGAUGGAGCUGCUAAACAGAUCCAGCGAAGAAGAAAUGGUGCUGCAUUUAUAGUCUAUUUACUUCAUGUUCCUACUCACUGUUCUCAUUCAGUCUUUACAUCUCUUGAUUUAGUUUUUACAUGAAACACAUGCAGAUACUUUGCACGCCUUACCAUAACAAAAAAAAAGGAAAUUAAUAAUUUGUGAGUUAUAUAAUUAACUUUAUCAUAUAAUUAGGCCUUUGUUAAUAUUGGAUAAUUCUGCGGUUUACUGCUGAUAUUCAAAAACUGCAUACAUCGACAGGUCACAUGGUCAUCCCAAAAUCUGAAAUCUGGAAUGGAAAAAAGCAGCCAAGUCGAAAAUUAAUACAUUGACACCUGUAGUUUGAUGUAUUUGACAUAGCAGGAGGUGACAUUGGUCACCCAUGCUAUGCAGCUUAACGUACCAUGACAUUCCACAGUCAAUGGUAUGUCCAUUUUACUAUUUUGCAGGGGGCAAGCCCCCUGCACCCCACAUCCACUGCAGUUAUAUAUACCAACUCCAAGAUUGCACUACAGUGAGGAAAUGAGUUAAUUCCCUGUUCCUCAUUGAACCACGAUUUCCGUUAACAAUGCCUAACUCAGAUAAUCAAACUACACUACCCAUUCACUGUAGUGUAGUCGAUAUUUUCUGGUUCAGCAUUGUGCUAAUUGGAAAAGUGCCUUUCGACCACAUGCUGGUUGAGCAUUAGCACUGCGGAAAUUCAAUAGUAAACCUAGUUCUGCUAAAGUGAUCUGUCAUGUAGAAAAAUGGCCAAGACUGUUUUCAACUGUUCUGUCUUGGCAUAAGCCCUUAUCACAUGCUGUGUAUAAAAGUAUAAUGCAGAAAAUUCCUUAUGAACCAAUGCGUUCAUCCCCGAACUUACCACUGAUUGCUGGGGGUAAGGAAUACUUUUAUGUAUGUGCCUGCUGUUCAUAGGAUGCUGCUCUGCAUGU